CGCUCUCUGCUUCUGUGUUUUUUAUCCUCUGCCAAAACAAUUCCAGAGAAACUGAAGAUCAAACCCGAACAGCAGAGGUUUGCAAUCUUUACAAGCCCAGGCAGGGAUAAAAUGAAAAGGUGGGGGGAAGAAUACCGCGGGUAAAAGGACCAAGGAAUUCUCUCUCUCUAUACACAUUUGGAGGAAGUAAAAUGGUAGGUGAAGCUAUGGUGAAAGCUGAGGAUUUGAACUUGUGCUUUGGGAAGCUGAUGAUGGCUACCGCUGGGAAAAGUGAUGAGGGAGAGAAGAUGGAGGGUGUGGUGAUCACUGAAUGGAAGGAUAUUCCGAUGGAGCUGCUGUUGAGAAUUGUUUCACUUGUUGAUGAUCGGACGGCUAUUAUUGCCUCUGGUGUUUGUAGUGGGUGGAGGGAUGCCAUUAGCUUGGGCCUCACCCAUCUCUCCCUCUCAUGGUGCAAGAAGAAUAUGAACAACUUGGUUCUUAGCCUUGCCCCUAAAUUCACUAAAUUGCAAACUCUGAUACUGCGCCAAGAAAAUCCACAGCUUGAGGAUGAUGCUGUUGAGAAAAUUGCAAAAUUUUGUCAUGACCUGCAAGAUCUGGAUCUCAGCAAAAGCUUUAAACUUAGUGAUCAUUCCCUCUAUGCUUUGGCCCAUGGUUGUCCUAAUCUUACAAAACUCAACAUCAGUGGUUGCACAGCAUUCAGUGGUGAGGCUCUUGAAUAUUUGACUAAUUUUCGCCAAAAACUGAAAACCUUGAACCUUUGUGGAUGUGUUAAAGCUGCAACUGACCGUGCAUUGCAGGCCAUUGGACGUAACUGUGGGUUGCUCCAAUCUUUAAAUCUGGGAUGGUGUGAAAAUGUGGGUGAUGUAGGUGUGAUGAGUUUAGCAUAUGGAUGCCCUGAUCUCAGGAGCCUUGACUUGUGUGGUUGUGUCCGUAUAACAGAUGAUAGUGUGAUAGCUUUGGCAACUGGGUGUCCCCACUUGAGGUCACUUGGCCUGUACUAUUGCCGGAACAUAACGGAUAUAGCAAUGUAUUCACUGGCUCGGAGCCGAGUGAAGAACAAGCCUGCAAUGUGGCAACCCAUGAAGGGAAGAUAUGAUGAGGAAGGCCUUAAGAGCCUCAACAUAAGUCAGUGCACUGCCCUGACACCUUCAGCUGUUCAGGCAGUUUGUGAUACAUUUCCUGCACUUCACACAUGCUUUGGAAGGCAUUCCCUUGUCAUGAGCGGUUGCUUGAAUUUAACGUCGGUACAUUGUGCCUGUGCUGUACAAGCACACCGCACUGUGAGCAAUAUACCCCACCCAGCUCAUUGAAAGGGAACUGAGAGUGUAAGUAUUUGUGUACUUGUUAAGAUGCCCCUGUGAAUAGGAUGUGUUGAGACGGCUCAUGAGUGGCCUUGUUCUAGUUGGAUAUCAUGGACUCUGCAUGAUCCAGAAUGUGAAUUAUGCCGGACUAGGGCUUUUUGAAGCCUAAUUUGCUGUUUUAUUUUAAUUCUAAAACUUGCAUUUGAUUGCAGCCAGAAUAAUCCUAGCCUUUAGAGGAAUGUUGGUAGAGUAACUGGCCAAAUUAUUGACCAAAAAGGCACUUCCUCGUCCCUAUGGCUAUGGUUUGAACCUUUAUUUUUUCUUUCCAUUCCUCUCCCAGUGAGAUUUCAACCAGCUACCCUGUACUUAAAAAAAUAAAAAAUAAAAAAUCAAUCCUAGC